CCUCGCGUAUGUGAAACUCUUUCCUAGCUUUUUGAGCCAACAACUAUUUCUUUUUGCUUAGUUUCUACAUAUUUAAAGUGAUAUAAAGCUGUUUUUAUAUAAGCCGCAGUUCCGAAAACUGAUGAUGGCUGAAUUUCCAACAAUAUAGAUUCAAUAUAUAGCAGUUUCUGAGCUUGUUAAGCUCCGAAAACUCCACGCUUCUCGGGUUGGUCUACACAAUUUACUAUCUAAUUCUUUCAAACGAAACCAAGAAAUUUGAGUUUGGGAAAUCACUUUGAAGUUGGAACUGCCAUGUCGUUGCCAAGUCAAGAUAAUCCGAACGAGUUGACCCAGCAGUUGGAUUCAAUCGCUGAUCAGAUCCUCUUUGAAGAUUGGAUUACUUUAUUUUCCAGAUCAAUUCCUUUAGCCAUUCCACCGGACGAAUCGACCCAGCAGAUGAACUCUCAGCUUCAGCCAGACGUGGAAAUGAAGACUGGUUCUGUGGCACAGAAUGAAGAUGGGAGUACUAGUUGGAGAUCAUUUUCACCAGACAUUUCACUGAACGGGUCGUGGGGUUCAGUUCUUGAGAUAUUAAGUACUGGUGAACAGCCAUACCCUCAAGCAGACUUUGACGUAGCGCCCAGUUUCGUGGCACAGACUGAAGAUUUGAGUCUGACAAUAUUGACAUCUAAAACAGACUUGCUACCACCAGGAGAACGUAAUCCUAAGGAGAUACCCCUCCCGUUGAAUUCUCUUCCUGAGAAUUUACCCGCUGAACAGCUGCUGAACUCUCAAGGACAUGUUGAAAAGGGAAUACAGUGUUUUGAACCAAACGGAAGCCACCUGGAUCAUGAAGAAAGACCACCUGAUCAAGCUUCAAAUGGACGAAAACGAAGGGGUCGUAAACCAAGGGUAACACCAGUAAAAAAAGCAAAGAACCAAAUUGAUCAAGCAGGGGCAUCCGCAGAGGCUUGCAAUCGACAGAAACGAAAGUUUCGUGAACCAAUAAUUCGCAGAAAAGAUCAAGAAAAUGAAAGAAAAAUGAAAAAAAUUGAGAGUGAUAGAAAGUAUCGGGAAAACAUUAAGAAUGAGUUAACGGAUUUGAGGCAAAUCAAGCCAGAGUACGAUAGACUUAUAAAACUCUCGUCCAGUGUUGGUGGGAUUGAUCAAUUGGAGUCACAGAUUAAUCGUAUAAAAUCUGGGUUACAUAAACUCCAACAAGAAGAGGUAGGAAACGAUAUGUUCCAGCAAGUAAUAGUUGAUUCGGCCAAUCGAGUUCCAUUGAUUAGGGCAAAUGAAGUCCAAGUAUGCGGAAAUGAGGAAAUGGCGUCCUUGUCGGAUAAAUACAAGGAAAUGGAGGUCGACUCUCAUAGACUGGAACUAAUGAAAUCCAAGUAUGGAGAAAUUGAGGAAAUGGAAGUCAUGUUGGAUAAAUUCAAGAAUAUAGAGGCCGAGGCCAACAGACUGGAACAAAUGAAAUCCGAGUAUGGAGAAAUUGAGGAAAUCGAAUCCAUGUUGGAUAAAUUCAAGAAUUUGGAGGCCGAGUCACAUAGGUUCGAGCAAAUAAAGCUCUUGUUUGGUGGAGUUGAUGAAAUUGAGACCGAGAUAAAUAGGCUUAAGAAAAUAGAGCUGCAGCUCGAAAAACAUAAGCAAAUGGUGAACCGAAAGGAACUGGACUGCUUUCAGGCAUCCCCAUCCCCUGGUAGUCUCCAGCAACUGGACAUGGAUCAAUUAUACAGACAACAGCGAAACGAGGCCGAUUUCAAUCGAUUCGAGCAAAUGAAGUCUAAGUUUGGUGGAACUGAGGAAAUGGAGUCCAAGUUGGAUAAAUUCCACAGGAUGGAGGCCGAGUUACAUAGAUUCGAACAAAUAAAGUCCGAGUUCGGAGGAAUUGAUGAAAUCGAGGCUCGAAUCUAUAGGCUUAAGAAAAUAGAAUCGCAGCACGACAAUCAAAAGGAACUGCAUUUUUUCCCGGAAUCUCCGGGCAGUCUACAGCUUGCUUUGCAGGAGCUGCGAGGAGUGCAGUCAUUGGACUUGGCGGGCGACUCUGACAUGGUGUCAGCUGAUGGAAUUAGUCUAAUGUCCCCUGCCGUUGUGAGGGAGACAAAUAUAAUGCACGACAUGCAGUAUUCUGAUCUCCUUGUGACUAAAUUUAUGGCGGAGCUUGAUGAUGACAACGUCGUGAGCAACGUGGACCUCUCCAGCUUUAAAGAUUUAGAUGGAGAGCGCAAAAAAGUUGGUAAGUAUAGGAUCCCGCCUUCUCUGGUCUCGACGGCGGAGGGUAUCAUUAGGGCAUAUGGUGAUAUUACGGACAAGUGCAGAUUUGGUUAUAGUGUUGUUGAGACUGCUUAUAUUUUGCUUUGUGCUGCGAUCGAAGAGAUGAGUAAUUUGUCGCUUGGGCAAGUUAGCGAAGAGGUUAUGUUGAAGUGGAGAGACGCAAUUAAGGAUGCUAAUGGUCUUAACUGUGAUGCAAAAUUUGCUAUGGAAAAUUUGAAAAAAAUUGCAUACGGUUAUUUUGGUCUCAAAGCAAAAACUGACGGUGAAAUCUUGAAACUGAGGAUGACAAGUCUAAAGACUGAAGUAUUAGCCUUGCAAAUGGAACUUGAAAACAAGACAAAAGAGAUGGAGGACCUGAAAGCCAAAGAAGAAGACCUGACAUCAGCGCAAUGCAAGGUUUGUCAGAAAUUCGCGGAUCAACUUUUAAAAAAAUCCAUCAGUGUUUUUUGAUUAAUAGGUUCUAUGUUCUUUUGUUUUUUCCUUCUGAGUGAUGUUGGGUCAUAUAACAGUACUUUCUAAUACAAGUAUCAUUCAGUUGUAUGUGAAAAGUGGAGAAGUUAUAGUAAAAUUUAGAUGCUUACUAAGUGAACAUAACAGGUUGCUUUUUCA